CUUGUGUUACUGUCAGCAGCACAUUUAUUUCACUUCACACAGAGUACAGAGCUGCAGCCUGUCAGUCACGUCCACACAGAGACGCAGUCAUUUCAUGUUUUAGUGACUUUUUUAUAGAUUAAAGAUGUUUCGGCGUUCUUCCGAGCAAGAGGAUAUGGUAGCAGUUAUCUAUGAGACUGUAGAUAAUGUUGAAGGUCACGACCCCGACACACAGGAUGAAGACGCUGACGCUGUGAGACGCCUAGAAGUACAACACACAGGAGGAGACACUGCAUGGAGCAGGUGUUACAGAGUGACUGCAGUGUGUGUGGUGCUGCUGUGUGUUCUCCUGCUGACUGCCGUCACGGUGCUGUGGAUCCGAUUCAACAACCUGACUACAGAAAACAACCAGUUACAGACCAGUUACAACAACCUGACUAAAGAGAGAUACCAGUUACAGACCAGUUACAACAACCUGACUAUAGAGAGAGACCAGAUACAGACCAGUGACAACACCCUGACUACAGAGAGAGACCAGAUACAGACCAGUUACAACACCCUGACUAUAGAGAGAGACCAGUUACAGACCAGUUACAACACCCUGACUAUAGAGAGAGACCAGUUACAGAAGGUUAGAGAGGAACUCCAGAGGCUUUCUAAACAGGGAUUGAUUUAUUUUAGCUCCAGUGUUUACUACAUCUCUAUUGAGAAGAAGAGCUGGACUGAGAGCAGAGAGGACUGCAGAGCGAGAGGAGCAGACCUGGUGAUCAUAAACAACAAAGAGGAACAGGUGAGAGAGAGAAAGAGAGAGAGAGAGAGAGAGAGAGAGACCCUCUCAUAUUAAUUCUGAUAUUUUACUAC